GAUAUUCACGCCGUUUGCGAUCUGGUCAAGUCGUGGUUCCGUGUCUUGCCAGAACCUGUAUUCCCAUCUUCGUCUUAUCAUGAUGUUAUGCAAGCCAUGAGGUUGGAAAAUCUGGAUGAACGACUUGCCAGCGUCCGUAAUGUUGUUCAAGCACUACCACAGGCCAACUUUGACUUGCUGCGACGAGUCUCCGAACAUCUCGAUCGGGUCACCGACUUUGAGGAACACAACCAUAUGACGGCCGAAGCUCUCGCGAUCGUAUUCAGCCCCAAUCUUCUGCGA